GGAAGAACUAAAGUUGGCUCACAGAGUCCCCGAAGGGUGGAGUCUGAGCAGAAGCGCUUUCAAUUUCUCACCCAGAAGUCUGGCCUAUAAACCUGUAACGAACUCGUGAGAAGUUUUUUUUGUUGUUGAAGGAGAAACACUGGGAGCUGUGGACCCCACUGGAAUCCUAGCCGGUGGGAAGUGUUAGAAUGAUGACUAAAGGAAGCAGGAAGUGCUUUCAAGAAACACCACAGGGUCCUGCUUUGUUCAAAGAUGCUCUGUAUGACUGUGAAAGAGAAGUUUCUCAUUAGCAGCAGCAGAGGAGAACUUAUAAUGGAACCUUCACCUCUUGAGUUACCAGCUGACACAGUCCGACGCAUCGCAUCUGAACUUAGAUGUCACCCAACAGAUGAGAGAGUUGCCCUCCGCCUCGAUGAGGAAGAUAAGCUGAGGCACUUCAGGGAGUGUUUUUAUAUUCCCAAAAUGCAGGAUCUGCCUCCAAUUGAUUUAUCUUUAGUGAAUAAGGAUGAAGAAGCCAUCUAUUUCUUGGGAAAUUCUCUUGGGCUUCAACCAAAAACGGUUAAAACAUAUCUGGAAGAAGAACUAGAUAAGUGGGCCAAAAUUCAUCAUCAUAGCCCUGCCAGCCCGAUGUCAGUGGUGUUUGAGGUGCAUGAUCGCAAUCCUGUUUUCCCCUAUCCCACCCUUGAUCUUUCAUCUCAAAUGGGAGCCAAUGAGAAAGAAAUAGCCCUAAUGAAUGGUUUGACUGUUAAUUUACAUCUUCUAUUGUUAUCGUUUUUCAAGCCUACGCCCAAACGGUAUAAAAUUCUCCUAGAAGCCAAAGCCUUCCCUUCAGAUCAUUAUGCUAUUGAGUCACAGCUUCAACUUCAUGGACUUAACAUUGAGAAAAGUAUGCGGCUUAUAAAGCCAAGAGAGGGGGAAGAAACACUGAGAUUAGAGGAUAUGCUUGAAGUAAUUGAGAAUGAAGGUGACUCUAUUGCAGUGAUCCUGUUCAGUGGUCUGCAUUUUUAUACUGGCCAGCUCUUUAAUAUGCCUGCCAUCACGAAAGCUGGACAAGCAAAGGGUUGUUUGGUUGGCUUUGAUCUGGCACAUGCAGUUGGAAAUGUUGAACUCCACUUACAUGAGUGGGGAGUUGAUUUUGCCUGCUGGUGCUCCUACAAGUAUUUAAAUACAGGAGCAGGAGGUCUUGCUGGUGCCUUUGUCCAUGAAAAGCAUGCCUAUACAAUUAAACCUGCGUUAGUGGGAUGGUUUGGCCACGAAUUAAGCACCAGAUUUAAGAUGGAUAACAAACUGCAGUUAAUCCCUGGGGUCAAUGGAUUCCGAAUUUCAAAUCCUCCCAUUCUAUUGGUCUGUUCCUUACAUGCUAGUUUAGAGAUCUUCAGGCAAGCAACUAUGAAAGCACUGAGGAGAAAAUCUGUUUUGCUAACUGGUUAUCUGGAAUACAUGAUCAAGCAUCACUUCAGCCAGGAUAAAGCAGAAACCAAGAAAACAGUCGUGAACAUAAUUACUCCAUCCCGUAUAGAGGAUCGCGGCUGCCAGCUAACCCUAACAUUUUCUAUUCCAAUUAAAUAUAUUUUCCAAGAACUAGAAAAAAGAGGAGUGGUUUGUGACAAACGGGAUCCAAAUGGGAUUCGAGUGGCUCCAGUUCCUCUCUACAAUUCUUUCCAUGAUGUUUAUAAAUUUAUCAAUCUGCUCAUUUCUGCACUUGACUCUGCAGAAACAAAAAGUAGCCGAGUUUUCCAUAGCAACUUAAGCAAAUAAUAUGGAAAGCCUGUGGUUAUUUUAUUAUUAUUAUUCAAGUUUUAAUUAUUUCAAAACUGAUUACACAUAACUGGCAGUCAAUUGUAUACUUUACAGAAAAACAAGACAAUUUUUUUAAGGGUCUGUGGCCUUGAGAUAUCUGCAUGGCUGUCCAAUUUCUUGGUGUUUGGUGGAUCAAAGUCUUUACUGGUGCAAGUAUUAUGUACACAGUCUUGAUUAGCUGUUAUAUUUCAUUGUUAAUGAAAUGUUUUUUGUUGGUUUAAUUUAUAAUUUGACUGACAACUUAACAAUGUAUGUGGAAAUUUUUGUGUCAAUUUUAGAAAUAUUACUUUAAUUUUAAUUUACCAAAGAGUUUCUUAUAGGCACUGUAGUUGAACAGUCUGAUGUAUGUAUGCUUUUUACAAUGUUCCAUCUAAUUCCAAUCUGAGGAACAGAAAAUGCAUUUUCUAGGGCAGUGGAUUUCAAAUAUUUUGGUCACAAUCCACACUAAGGAAUACAUUUAACAUCAGAGUUUAAUUUGUGUACAAGCCUUAUUUUACUGAUUCUAAUACACAAUUUUUUUAAUCGUAUGUUAACAUCUGGUAAAGAAGAAAUGUCUUUCAAUUUUCAUUCAGCAGCUUACAAUUGCCUUUGGCCAUUCUUUCAUGUUACCAUCCCUGACAUUACCAUGAUUUUCAUAGUGAGUAGAUAUCAUCCUAGAUCUGGUUUUAAAAAUGGUAUAUACAGCAAAAACAAAAGUUGCAUGAAUUA